AGAAACCAGGAUCACGAUCAAUCCCGAGAUUACCCUUUACAGUGGAAGUUCUCGGAUAUGGGUGAAUCCUCAAGUUCCCCCAAAGCGGGCUGGCGUAUUCCCAAGGCCUGCCAGGAGUGCCGCAAGCGCAAGAUCCGCUGCAACGGCCUAAACCCUUGCCAAACCUGCGAAAAACGGAAUACAUCGUGCAUUUACAGAGAUGUUACCAGGCAUCGCAGGAAGAAACAUGAGUACCAAGAGUCUCGUCGCGUGAGUGAACCCCCUGGGGUUUCUCCUGGCUCGGUCCAGCAUUCUACUCAGCAAAGUUCUGUCAUGCGUAAUAUUCCCAAUAGUGUGAGCGCGACGCACAUGGCGUCGCCCUCGUGUCAAAUGCAGCUCUAUUAUGGACCCACAUCGCAUUUUGCUCUCAUGCAACAUGUUUAUCGGGAUCUCAUCUCCAAUCCUAUUGCCCAGUCGGAACCCUCAGGCGGAGUUGAUGAAGCUGGAGCCGGCCUGGAUCUCUUCAGUUUUCGCCGCAUCUUUUUCGGAUCACCGGAUACUCAUGAAGGCUCGAAGGCAUCGACAUUGGGGGAUGUCCCAGUGAUGUUUCUACCAUAUGAGUUGGCCACAUUGUUUCUUUCGCGAUUCCUGACGACUCUUUAUCAUAUGAUGCCACAUCGACCCAAGUCAUGGUGGGAGCUGGGCCUGGAAGAGCUCUACAAUCCAGCGCCCUCAGUCCAUCCUGAUACUUUAACUCAAGCCCUCUUACUACUUGCCUUGGGGACAGGUUCCCUUGGGACCGAGUAUUUUGCUUGGGGCGAUGUGCUACUAGACCGUGUCAAGGCAUCGCUCACAUAUUUUGAUGACGUUUCGUCCCUCUUGCCUAACCCGUGUUCGAAUAUUGUGCUGAGCAACCCGCACGCAAAUUUCCAGAACGAACAGGGUCGACCGAACCAGGCUUUCUUGUGUCUUGGCACUGCUUCUCGGAAGGCUCUUUCUGCUGGUUUACACAAGGAUGUUCCUUAUGACAAUGCGCAAACGCCUGAGAAUAUCGAAGAACGCAGAGUUACAUUCUGGUCUAUGUAUGUCUAUGAAACGUGGUUUUGUUUUCACGCGGGCCGUCCCAGCUCGUUGUCCCUUAAAGACUUUGCCAUUGAAUGCCCAAAGGACUCUUUCCUCCGACUCUUGGUUCAACUCUGUAAGGCGAUAUCUCGGUCUACCAAUGAAAUUUACGGUGAGCACCACGAGUCUUUACUCCAUAUGUGGCGGGUAGCGCGCUCCAUCUCGGAUGACCUUCGUGAGCUUCAACCACCCAUGCAGCAUGCCUUUGGUUUCGGCCUGGAUGCCGAAGUUCAUGGGGGGAGUACCGGUGUAAAACAAAUCAUUUUCACGACUUUGUACUACCAUACUCUUCUGUUAACGUUUCGUCCUUUUUUAAUCUUCCGCGGUCAUUGGAAACGCGAUAUGAAGGCAUCAUUCCACCACCCUGGUGGUGUCACAUCUAAUCGCCCGACGGAGAUACCAUCUUGGCUCAACGAAGCCUGUAAACAUGCCCUUACAGCAGCGCGACAGACAAUCCACCAUCUUUGUGACGCAUCUCGUACUAAUGAUUAUGUCAAGCAACUGCGAUACCAUGGUUACUUCAUCGCCAGUUCAUCUUUCAGUUUGAUAUUUGAUUUCCUGCACGAUCCUAGUGCAGCAUCGAGUCACCUUCCUUGGGUAUAUGCCUCGUUGCAGAAUCUGUCGUCUAUGCGAGAUGGGGAUCCAAUAACAAGCACUAUUUCCGCCAUCCAAACAGUGUUACGGAAUAUCAGCCCAACUUACGAGUGGAUACCAUACCCUAGGCCUGCCAACAAAUUUUCGAGUGAAACCGGCGAAGAAACGGCCGGAUCUCUGGCAAUUGGCAUUUCAGGUAGCCAACAUGAGACGCUUAAUGAACAUGCCUUUUCCCCUAACGCCUUGUUCGGCUCAACGUCGAAUUUACCUCCAUCUCAAUGGACUCUUCCGCAACUUGAAGGGCCAGAGACUGGUAGAUCUGGUGAGUCCAGUGAGGAUCUUCUUGAUCUCACUCAAUCUGACAUGGGGUGGAACUUUGACUUCUCUACAAUGGAUCUGGAGGCCUUUUUCUCCGUGUACCAGUCGGCCGAUGCCUCGUUUCCUUGA